AUGGAAGACAGUAUGAACAGUACGGAGUGGGUUGAGAUUUUGAACUCUGGUCUGGCCAAUCUGAACGGGAUACACGCAGCGGCGGGGCUCGAGAUCUUGUUUCAGCCAGACGUGGUGCUCGUUGCUCUUUACGUGCCCCUCAUCCUGCUCUCGCUACUCGCUAACGUGCUGCUCAUACUCGUUGCUAUCAAGUGCAAUUAUACCAAAAGCGUCACGAAUAUCUUUCUGGUGAAUCUCUCUGCAGCAGAUCUUCUGGUGACGGUUGUAUGUAUGCCUAUCCAGCUAAGCAAGGCUAUCACCCUCGUAUGGUACUACGGACAGACCAUCUGCAAAAUAUUUAACUAUAUACAGGGUGUGGCAGUGGCGUCUAGCGUGUUUACUUUGACCGCAAUGUCCGUAGACCGCUGGGUGUCAAUCGCGCCAGAGCCGAGGCUGCGCCCUCCAGGACGCCGCCAAGCUUUGCUGCUGUUGGGGCUAUUGUGGACCUUGGCAGCACUAAUCUUUAUACCUCUUGCUUUAGUUGCUUUCGUACGAACGGAGUCAGUUCCAAUCAUAUCACACACACGAACGAACAUUUCGAUUGAAACCAAAGAGGUUCAGUUCUGCACUGAGGAGUGGCCCAGCGCCGGAUCUCGGCAACAGUUCGGGGCAUUCAGCUUCACUCUGGUUUACGCUAUACCAGGCUGCAUAACAAUUAUAUCAUACGCAUGUAUGGGGCGGACUUUGUGCUCGGUGCGGCCGCCAUUCGAUAUUGACGAGGGCAAUAUCAGUAUGCAACAGGGGCUGAGGCUAGUUCGUGAGCGCAAGCGAGUGGCGUGGAUCCUGUUGUUGUUGGCUGUGUUGUUCGCCGUGUGCUGGCUGCCUUACAACAUACUGCAGCUGCUGCUGGACGUCAACCUGCUUUCCACCGCCGACCUGAGCUUUUAUCUGCCCUAUGCGCUUUUUAUAGGUCACGCGAAUUCUGCCAUAAACCCGAUCGUCUACUGUCUGAUGACUCGCAAUUUCCAGCGCUCUCUGCGCAAGCUUCUUUGCUCGCGAGGGGUCUGCCAACAAACCAAAUUCACGUGGCGGUGCACGCAAAAACCGGAUGGGUCUUCCAGCGAUUACGAACUUUACCACGAACCUCACAAAAGGUGUUACUUACAGAUGAAAUCUUUGCGUUAUGGCUGCGGAGGAGCUGGUGUCGGGGCAGGAGGAGGGGGAGUGGUGGUAUCCAGGGCGGGGGAUGUUGGGAACACGCGCGCUCAGACGCAGCUUAGUCACGUGACGCGAUCGUCGCGUCGCACGGCUCCUGCGCAUACCCUCUCCGUGGAGAUGCUGCAACGACAUGGACCUGUAGACCUCAAAUAA